GACGUAUAUGAGUAUUGCAUUACCCUAUUUUUUACAAAAACGUCGAGACACAUCUGGCUACCAACGAAAUUCUCAACGAACAGAAAGUGAUGACAGAACACUGUUCAAAGUGGCUAGACGAUCCUCAUCUGUCCUUUUUGAUUGCGGACAAUUUAGUGAAUGCAGUCGGGGAUCCAGAUGUGCAAAAAAUACGGCGACACGUCAUGGAUGUUAUGGAUUUAGUCGAAUACUGCAAUGCCCAAACGGAAGUUAUCAGAUCUGGCGGGUGUGCGGAAGGAUUCCGCAUUAGAGGAACGGAUGUAGACAUAAUGUAUGUUAAUAAACUGAUCAAAGUUGUAGCAGAAACUCCAAAGAAUGUCAACGUGUACGUGGCAGUCGUGCGACUGGUAUUGUCUCCUGAUGACCCACCUGGGUAUGUAAAACUUGCUGUGUUGACUCCUUCUGCGCCUUUGCAACAAAUUCAAGAAUCUACCAAAAGGGUAUCUGGGGUUAACUUCUUAUCUAGUGAACUAUAUGUAAAAUGGCACCAGAGGUUAAAUCCCACCGGUGUUCUUCACGGACCCUGUGUGUUGGACAGAACAGAGCAUGGAGAUCAUGAUAGGGCAUUUUGUCUGGAAUACAAAGAUUGGCCUGCAUGCGCCAACGAAUGGAUUGAAAGGAAAAGACAACACGGAUGGCCAUCGCAGAAACUAGUCAGAAAAAUUAAAAAUAUCGGCUGCCAUUUAAUGGCGAUUGGAUCCAAGAAACUACAUAGUGAUUUUUCUUCGGAUGAUUUGGGAAACUCAACUUGGAUAGGGGAUCCUCUUCAAUGGAGGAUGUCUUUUUCUGUAGCAGAGAAACAUCUGGUUUACUCCUUCAACAACACACAGUUCUUGACGUAUGGCAUUUUCAAGCUUUUGAAUCAAGAGGUAUUUUCACAAGAUCAGAUAGUGAAAGACUGUAUAUGUUCAUAUUUUCUAAAAACAGCAGUAUUUUGGACAAUUGAAGAAACGCCGUCUGAGUACUGGAAACCAGAACGUUUGAUUUUUUGCGUUGAAAUUUGUUUUCGAAGAUUGAUUGAAUGGACUAGGAAUGGAUUUUGCCCAAAUUAUUUCAUCAGGCAAAACAACAUGUUCAUGGGUAAGGUACAAGAAUGGCAACUUGAUCGUAUUAGCAGCAAGCUUUAUGAAUUACACAGCGAAGGUUGGAGAUGCCUGUUGCAAUGCCACUCCUUAGUUUACUUGAAGGUAAACUUACAAAAUGCAAGACGGCUGAUAACACCUAAUUCAUUCCCUAUCUCAAACCCGGAGGAGGACUUCAAAAUGUUGAAAUCUUCAAGAAGGGAUGAAGACACAGUAUAUGGAGAAGCAAAUAUAGACGCAGCCUUAGUCAGCGAAAUAAUUGCCAAAACCCCAGCAUCACCUUCAGUACAGGUACUUGAAUUAGAACUUAAGAAAUCUCUAACACGGGAAACUCAAAGAAAUUUGGAAACUUUAGAUCUUGAUAUACUGCGAUUACGUCGAUUCCAUACUUUAUAUCAGCUCGCGCUCAUAUAUCUCAACAUUUCACUGACGAAAAACACACCAAGAAGUAGGUACGCAUACAUUCGUAAAGCAUUUUGUUACUUGCAUCUUGUUCGUUUUUCGGAUAUCAGCAAAGGGAAUCUCACGCUUGCAACUGCCUACUAUUGCAUAGGGAGGUUUGACUCGGCUCUUGAUUACAUCAAGAAAUAUGAUGAAAAACUGGGAGAGGACCGUGGCUGUAUACAUAUACCUAUAUGUGAAGGUUUUGUUAGGUUUGAUCAACAGUACCCUCAUUCCUUCUGUGGACAGGGAUUGAGUAUCAUGGAAAAGGUGGCGUCAGCGGCUUCAUACGACUUCGCAGUCUAUCAGUCAAUGCCUCUUAUUCCAAUGGAGAUCGCACUCGAGGUAGUUAUGAUGAGAAACACAGGAUCAAUUCUUACCAUUCCACCUGAACUGUACUCAGGAUUUUUAAAAGUUCUGUGUUACACUAACAUGGGCAACCUAGAAAUGGUAGGAAUUGUGUCAGUAAUGCUGAAAGACAUUCUGCAGAGAACAACGAAAGGAAAACAAUAUCUGGCCUACAUCAUGCUUGGUGUUGCUUUCGUGAAGUUGGGAAACUACGAAGAAGCGUUGCGGUGUUACUGUUUAGCCCAUAUCCACAAAAGAAGAUCGACUGAAAGUGUACACAACUCUGACCGACCAGAGUGGUAUACCAGAACUUCAGUUUUGUUCUAUAUUGCUCAGAUGCUUCGAUCUUUGAUACCAGUGUAAGUUUUUUCCGAGCAUCCUAUAAUUUUUUAUCAUUUUGACGGUUCUAGCCUUUGUUUGAGACGGGGUUAAAUCGUGCAAAACCAUAGGCAAAAAUAGAAAACAAAAUUAUACAAGUUUGUAGUUAUACGACAGUGAUCAGCAAAUAGUUCUGAUUGUAAUCGGCUUAUUUGACUGUGCAUCAGUCAUUCCAUAUCUUUAUAUAUAUAUAUAUAUAUUUUAGGGAUGUCAAAUCGGUCAAUUUUUAGUACUCGGUUACUCGGACGUUUUUCCGAUCGAUUACCCGGGUACUCGGUAAAAGUGUAAAUAA